AUGGCAGGAGCGGGUGGUGCAGUGGGGCAGCUAGUAGGCGGGCUGCUACAGGAGCAACCAUGUGCAGCUGCUGGAGAUGGACGACCCGUCAUCGGAGCUACAACAGACCCCGCUGUAGUUGCCCAGCUUCCUCAUGAAGUAGACCGAAGUUCCUACAGUAGCCUGAACACGAGUUUGUCUUCGGGCGGACUAGAUAGUCUUUGCCCACUUACGCGACAGCAUACGACGUCGUCUUCCACCAUUGAGACCACAGUGCAACAAGCGCAGCAGCACCAACCUGCAACAGCAACGUCGGCGAUCACGGAGGAAAGUCUGGUGAGACGCUUGCAAGAGAUUGACAGCCAGCUGUUCCAAAACAUGCUGCUCAUGAACAUGAACCACCAGGCUUCUACGAGCACACUGUCUUCUGGCGGAGGUGCGCGGCCCGUUAUUUUUAACGACAGUAUUCAGAAUCACAAUGAACGAUCUACUGCAACCGCAGCGGCGCUCUCAGCUAGCAC